AUGUCCGCCCCACAACAAUGUCGGCGUAUUUCACGAGAAGAGAAAACGAUAUGCUCAAAAUCCAUCAAGACGCAAAAGCUCGACCAGCCCGUCUUCGCCAUCUACGAGGACACUUUCCUAGAUGUCGUCGGCAAGGAGCCAAGCAUCACAUGUGUAUUAGAACGCGACUACGCCUUCGCCCACGAAGCUCCCGUCUAUAUACCAGAGCAGGACGCCGUGUACUUCACAAGCAACGUCCUCGUCAACAAGGAGACCAAGGUCAAAUACACCGACGUCGGCAAAGCCAGCCGAGGAAAGGACGGCAAGUGGACGUACGAGAAGAUUGCCACCGAUGUCUCCAUGGGCAAUGGAGCUAUUAACUACCAAUCCGGAAUCCUCUUCUGUGCCCAAGGCCACCUCGCUGACUCCGAACCCGGUGGUCUGGUAGUCAUGGACACCAAUCCACCCUAUGCUACCAAGACUUUAAUCGACGGUUUCCACGGCCGGCAAUUUAAUUCCGUCAAUGAUAUCGUCACGCAUACGGAUGGCUCGAUCUGGUUCACCGACCCGACCUACGGUUUCCAGCAGGAUUUCCGACCGAAACCUGUCUUGCCGAACCUGGUCUACAGAUUUGAUCCCGAGACUGCGGACAUCAGGGUGGUGGCUGAUGGGUUGGGCAUGCCGAAUGGGCUUUGUUUUUCGCCCGAUGAGAAGGUCGUGUAUAUUACUGAUACUGAUCAUAUUCAUGCGGGGGAUUUUGAUCCGACGAGAGCGGGGACGAUCUACGCUUACGAUGUCGUGGUCAGACAUGGUGGGCAGUUCCUCGAGAACCGCAGGGUAUUUGCCAUGACGGAUGCUACGAUCCCGGACGGCAUCAAGUGCGAUAUGCAGGGGAACGUCUAUGCUGGAUGCGCCGACGGAGUCAAUGUUUGGUCUCCCGGUGGCAAGCUCAUUGGGAAGAUAUUGGUGGGAUCGUUUUGUGCUAAUUUCUGCUUUACGAAGGCUGGUGAGAUCUUCGUACUGAGCGAGGAGAAGGCGUUUGUGGCGAGGAUCGCGCAGAGUACCAAGGGGGCGUUAUUGCAUUAUUUGGGUUUUUAA